CUUUCCUUUGGGUUGAAAACUACUAUAUUCUUAAUUCUCGGUCAAGUUGAACUUCGAAGCACCAGGAGAGAGAACCUCCCUUGAACCCUGGAAGACAUGGAGAAGAAGCAGGAGCAACAAAGCGGCCAUGAAAGUAAAAGAACCGAAAGAAAAGCUGCUUCUGUGAAGAUAAUCGGGAGCAGUUCAAUCAAUGGGGACGAUGCUUCGAGCUUAGUUGGGAGCAUAGUUGAAAAGGGAAUUGUUUCAAACGAUGAUAUUAGUAAACCCAUUCAACCGCCUCGCCUCUCAGUGCUUCCUUUCCCCGUUGCAAGCCACCGCUCUCAUGGUCCUCAUUGGACACCAAGAAGCAAUAAUAGGGAUAUUGUUGAAGAAGAUGAUGAAUAUGAAAGUGAAUUUGCUAGCUUCGAUCCCAUUUCAGUUUUUGCUAAACCAGUGCAGAGGAAAGAGAAAAAGAAUUUGGAUCUUAGUCGUUGGAAAGAGGCAAUGCAGAGUGAUGAUUUUUCCAUGAGAAAGGGAAUGGAAGCAAACAAAUCAGUUGUUGGGAAAACUGAAAGAAAAAAGAUGGAUGGAGAAGCCUUGGCUGCAAAUGCAGAUAUAGCCUAUAUAGAAUCACAUUUAAUUGCUCAUAGGCCUUUGGCUAAAACCAACAAAGCCAUGAGGAAUGAUGAAUUGAGUGCUAGUUCAGUCACUGAAAUGGACUUAGAUGACUUACUCCUAUCACACCAGCAAGAGUAUGUUAAAGAUGCUAACUCUGAAAACAUAAGUAGUGAAUCAGGAUCAAUGGCCAUUGAUGAUCAUGCCAUGGCAGAAAGAAUGUUCCAUAAUGAUAGUGCUCAAGCACAGAAAGAAUGUUCCAUAAUGAUAGUGCUCAAGCACAAUUCAGGAGAAUGGAGAAGAUAG